AUGCGUUUCCUCGCAGCCCUCGCUUUGCUUACCACCGCCGGCCUGACUCAGGCUGCCAGCUUCAAGCUGAAGACUACCGGUGCUGCCAACAAGGCUCACAAUAACCUCUAUGUCUACACUUACCACACCGGUGCCGGAUUUAAUGAUGCUGUUCUUGACAAUGACGAGAGCGGCGCCCCCUCGAUUCAUCUGAAUGAGACGAGAGUGAGCUUUGAGCUCGGUACUCACACCCCGUGGGAUAUGGAUGUUGGUGGAGACACCAACUACGCCUCGUGGGAGGCUGUGACUGUCAACGCCGGUGUGGGCAGUACGGGUUUCUCGAUCAACGAGAAUGGCCUUGUUUGGUCGGAGAAGGAGGGCUUUGGCGGUUGGCUUGUCUGUGAGUGGUUUCACAACGGACCACAGCUCUUCUGGAUCAACCGCUUUUACAGUUACACGGUCCCUUGCAGCUGCAGCAAGGUUAAGCUUGAUCCUGUCUAUGCGGCUUAA